AUGGCGCCCAGCAAACCGCGAGAACCCUCCAUUGAGCGCACCGAAGAAUACGACAAGUUUAUUGAGGAGCUGGAAGCAUACCACGAGAAGAGAGGGACGUUUCUCGACCGCGAGCCCAAAGUUGCUAACCAGCACAUUGACUUGUUGCGCCUGUACAAGCGCGUAAAUGAAGAAGGCGGAUACGAUAAGGUCUCAGAUACGAAGAAUAACAAGCUUGCGUGGAGAAGACUAGCAACAGACUUUCUGCGUGACAGCUCUGCAAGUCAGCUCACCACGCAGGCAUUCCUGGUCAAGACAGCAUACUACAAGAACCUUGCAGCCUACGAGAUAUCAACUAUACAUAAGCGCGAACCACCGCCGAAAGAGAUCCUCGAAGAUAUCACAGCCAAGGGAGGGGACCUGCUCAACCGAACCGUUGAGAACUUCUACCGAGGCAGUCGCGAGACCGAAAGGCUGAGGAACGGAGACUCGGACGAUUCAGACGAAGACGGCGACGUCAAGAAGACACCAAAAGACGACAAGAUGGACGUAGACGAGCCAGGGAGCACUGGGAGGGCAACAAGAUCAUUACGCCAUGCGCCCCCACAGCGCGUGCUUUUUCAGCCAGAGAGCUCGAUCAGGCAAACACGCCAAUCUGCAGGCCAUUUGAAUUCCCCACAGCCCAACGGAUACGGCACGAGUGCGGCAGCUGUAGCCAUUGCAAACUAUGAGCCGCGGACAAACAUUCCCCUGGCACUAAAGCAGGUCGUAACACCGUCGAACAACCUGGACGCCUACGUUGCUUCACGGAAGAAGUACAUCGUGAACAGGAAAAACAGGCCAGUUCCACUGAAGGGGAUGAUGCUUCCCGGUACUGGCUUCCCGGGACCGAACAUUUACAUUCGCGCACUACACGCAUUACGAUCAAAAGAACCAGAAGAAGAAGCAUAUGCGUUACACCACCUUGUCAAAAUCUCCCACGAACGAGGCGACAAGUACCGUUUCGACCAAUUCCCGGGACUUGCCGAGGCACUCAUCGCAAAAGUCAUCGAUGUUGGAUCAUUGUUCUUCGAUGUUCAAUGGGACAUCUCAUACGUAGAGGAGGAAUUUGACCAAGCGGACGUCCUGAAUGGCUUGUCGGGUACCAAGGAUUUGCUGAAGAAGAUUCGCGCGCUGCAAACUCUGGACAUCGACGACGACUUGCUUCCAGAAGAGAACGCGAAGGCCCUCAAUAUGAUCAACGAAGCAGCAUUGAUCAUUCGGAACAUGGUGAUGCUCAAAGAGAACGCUCUGUUUGCUUCCAUGAUCCCGGCUGUUCGGGACUUGAUUGUCAUUUUACUCAACCUGCCAAAACAUCCCACUGUUGUUGAACUGCAACACUACGCCCUUGAGAUCGCCGAGCAACUUACCAAAUACUGGAUAUUGGACUCACAAGACCCUGUGUACCAAUCUCUACUGGCUCAGAUUGAUACCGACGAUCGUGGCCGAAUCAUCACCUCGCUAAGGGCGCUUGGCAGGAUAUCGAUGAACCUCGAAGCCACAAACAAAUUGUCAGACGUACCCGUCAAGACACUACAGUCGAUAUGCGACUGGCUGCUUGUCGAGGACGAGGAUCUUAGGAUAGCAUGUCUGGACUUCCUGUACCUGUUUACAGGCUUCCCAGAUAACGUUGAGCUUCUUGCGCACGAAGUGAACAUCGAAGGUGUUGUAGGCCAACUUGUACGAUUACUGCAAUUCGGCGCCAUCGCCUACGAAGAAAGGCGCAAUACGCCAAAACCGACCAAAUCUUCGACGCCCAACGAUGCGGCACCCAAGCUUUCCUCUGCAAUAAUCGAUCACCUGGUGACACUCGAGGAGCCGGAGCGAAGCUCCCAGUGGCUGAAGACAUGUUUCGAGGAGGAUCCAACAGGCGAGAUUACCCAGAUCCAGCUCUGGUCGGCAUACAACGCAGCAUUCCAAGAAGCCAUGACGGCCAACCCGUCCGCGUUUAAGGCACUUAUGCCAGCCAAGGACUUUAUCACGAAUGUCUCAACAACCUUCGGUGGCGCAUCUGCGCAAGUGUUGACAGUUGGCGGCCAACCGAAGUACACGAUCAGAGGCAUUAGGCCAAGAUCCGUACCAGUCGACCCCAGCACCAAGAAGCAAUACAUACGUUGCUGUUGGAUAGCACCAAACAUCGUCAACGGCCAGCCAGAGCAAGAGUACUCUGCCAAAACAGAGUGCGGCGAGUUUGCAUCAGGGGCACGAGCAAUGUGGGAACACGUCGUCGGCGCCCAUCUCAAAGUUCCUCGCGACCAAGAAACAGGCCAAUGGCUUCUCGAACCCAAACCAGAUAUCGACAUGGAGAACGGCGACGCAAUUACCACCUCAAACCCUCAAAACUAUAAUUGCUACUGGGCGAACUGCAGCCAUUUCACCUCAGACACAGACUCUGCGUUCUUAGCCGGUCAGCACAUCAAAACCCAUCUCCCUGAUACAUCCAUCAAGCAAGCGAUUCAUGCACGUCACAAUCGUGCCGCCGAAGACGCGCGCCCCUCCACCUCCUCCGCUCAAGCAUCAAUUGCCGGCUACAACAGCAACCCGGGCAGCAAUGACAACUACACAUCUACAGACAAAUCCUCAUCUCUGACCCCUAACUUCCGCUACUUCAACACCGCCACCGAUGAAGCUAACGAUGCCGCCGGCUUGCCCCUGUCCUCCGUUCUCGUCCUCCGCAACCUAGCGCGACAGCUGAAUAAGAUCCCGCCGCCGUCAGAGGUCCUCGAGAUCCCCGAUGCGCCCACACACAAACGUACGUUUAGCGCUACGGAACCGCAGAGCCCAAGCACACACCGUACCACUGGAGCGAAGAAGCCGCGUCUGGGCGAUGCUGCACGCGAGCAGGCACGAGAAGACGGAGAGCGGGAAGAGCAGGAGGCUAAGAGUGUAGGGUGGGUGCCGAGAGUCUUUGCGCCGGUCAGGGAGCAGCUCGCUUUCGUGGCAAGCCACAAUCUCACAUUGAAGAACUACAUGGGUGGGCUGUUGAAGGCUGUUGCUGAUGGUGGGGCUUAG